CCACCUGAGCCGCCUGACCUGCCCAAGGCUGAGAUGAUGGAAGCAGGACUGGUAAAAUGCUCCUUGCGUUGCUCUCUGUCUGAAGACGACAAACCAUCUAUUUCCUGAAGUCUUACUAAAGGUUCUGAACCAAUGAUGCUUGGUUCACCCACAUCUCCGAAGCCAGGGGCAAAUGCCCAGUUUUUACCUGGGUUCUUAAUGGGGGAUCUGCCAGCUCCCGUGACUCCACAACCUCGCUCAAUUAGUGGCUCUUCAGUAGGAGUAAUGGAAAUGAGGUCACCUUUACUUGCUGGUGGGGCACCACCCCAACCAGUUGUACCAGCUCAUAAAGAUAAAAGUGGAGCUCCACCAGUUAGAAGUAUAUAUGAUGACAUUUCUAGCCCAGGCCUUGGAUCAACACCUUUAACUUCAAGAAGACAGACAAACAUUUCAGUAAUGCAGAGUCCUCUUAUUGGAGUUACAACUUCUACCCCUGGAACAGGGCAAAGUGUGUUUAGUCCAGCAAAUAUUGGUCAACCAAGAAAGACAACACUAUCACCUGCCCAGUUGGAUCCUUUCUAUACUCAAGGAGAUUCUCUGACCUCAGAAGAUCACCUCGAUGACACUUGGGUGACUGUAUUUGGGUUUCCGCAAGCAUCUGCUUCCUAUAUAUUAUUACAAUUUGCACAGUAUGGAAAUAUCUUAAAGCAUGUGAUGUCUAACACAGGAAAUUGGAUGCAUAUUCGUUAUCAAUCUAAACUGCAGGCCCGGAAAGCAUUAAGCAAAGAUGGGAGAAUAUUUGGAGAAUGCAUCAUGAUUGGUGUAAAACCAUGUAUAGACAAAAGUGUUAUGGAAAACAGUGACAGAGGUGCUUCGUCAUCUUCAUCUCUAGCUUUUACACCACCAGUCAAAACCGUAGGCACACCAACGCAACCUGGAAGUACUCUUAGGAUUUCUACUAUGAGGCCUCUUGCUACAGCAUACAAAGCUUCUACUAGUGACUACCAGGUUAUUUCUGACAGACAAACGCCAAAAAAAGAUGAAAGUCUUGUAUCCAAAGCAAUGGAAUACAUGUUCGGCUGGUAGUGUAUCAGGAACUAAGAACUCAACUGCCAAGGAGGAGGUUGCUCCACUGAAAGCAGAUCACUGAGUAUUGCCAGUUUCCUUCGGUUAGUUGUAUAACCACUCAUGGCAGUGUUUGCUAGCUUCUCGUACAAAGCUGUUUUCUUUAAGGAUACAGCCUGUUUCUAGCUUGCAUUUUAAGAGAUGCUUGAGAUACAUUUCAAGGAAAAUUAAAAAUCCCUGUAGACUGGAUUUUGUUUCUGUAAUCGUGCAUGCUGACACACAAAAACCAGCAUUAAUGACCAUAAAUUAAAUGAUUGAACUUGCGGGGAGGCUUCAUAGUCUUUGUGAGAAGGGGGUGAAUUUCAUGAAGAACUACAGCUGCUUGUACCAAGGCACAGUGAUUAUAAUUAGUAGUUUGAAUUAUGGUCUUUUAAUUUAGAUAAUAUUUAAUAUUUUAAUUAUCUUUGUAUAUAUCCUGUCUUGAAUUGUCAUCCUUCAAUGUUCUAAAACCAAUUCUUUUUAAAAACCUACCAAUAAAACUUCUUGAUAAUAAA